AUGCAAGAAAUUGUAGAAAAAUCUUCUGAAAAAUUGACAGUAGAUAAGAAUAAACAAAUAAUGAUGAGUUUUGUGGAUAAACUGUGGUCCAUGGAAAUAAGUGGAGGUUUUGAAUCAUCGCCUCUAGUUGUAAUUGGAGUUAAGAAAAAUGGCUUAGCUAAGCGGGCUGGAAUAAAAGUUGGAGAUAUUAUUUCACACAUAAACAAUAUACCGACCAAUAAAAUGACUCUAAAUGAUGCUCAGUUAGAAAUACAAGAGUCUGGCAAAAGCUUAAAGCUAACUGUGAAAAGUACUUUAGACGAGACAACCAGCAGUAGUAACGAUGAAGACGAAACACCAAAUACAGUAGAUUUUUGGUUUAAGCCUAUAAAACCCGAAGAUCUUGAUUUACUGAAAUGGAAGAGAAAGCGGGAUGAAAAGAGAAGGACAACAAAAUUACUUUAUCAGGAUUUCCCUUGGAAUGAUCGUCAAAAGGUUCCUCUCAGAGCAUCAAAUUGUUUCAAGGUUAAUGAGAAAAAACAAGAGCGAGAAAUCAAAUUAAAAGCUUCAAAAGAACGUUUUAAUGAGUGUAAAAAAGAAAUACAGUCAUGA